CCCUGGGAGAUACACUCAGAAGAAAGUACUUCCUGAGCAAAGAAGCAGCCACUGGGGAAACCAGCAUGAAGGGCACCUAUCAAACAGCCAUGGUUAAGUCUUUGCUCCUGUUGAUGUUGGGACUCGCCAUCCUGAGAGAGGUAGCAGCUCGGAAGAACCCCAAAGCAGGGGUUCCUGCCUUGCAGAAGUCUGGGAAUUGCCCUCCCCUAGAGGAUAACAGUGUGAGAGUUGACAUUCGCAUCUUCAAUCAAAACCAGGGCAUUUCUGUCUCACAUGACUUCCAGAACCGCUCCAGCUCUCCAUGGGAUUACAACAUCACCCGUGACCCCCACCGAUUCCCGUCAGAGAUCGCUGAGGCCCAGUGCAGACAUUCAGGUUGCAUCAAUGCCCAGGGACAGGAAGACAGCUCCAUGAACUCUGUCGCCAUCAAGCAAGAAAUCCUGGUCCUUCGGAGGGAGCCCCAGGGCUGUUCUAAUUCCUUCAGGUUGGAGAAGAUGCUUGUAAAAGUUGGCUGUACCUGUGUCACACCCAUUGUCCACCGCGCGGCUUGACAAAGCUGUGCACCAAACUCAGCUGAAGACGCUGAGGAAAAGCCUCUUUUUAUCCAGUGCUCUGUGUGAAGCCUGAUCUUCAAGUCUUUAUGCUUUCUAGGACUCUCAGUAAGGUGUGCGUGGCAUUCUCGAAGCUCUGUAGUAGAUAUAGCUUUAACUUUUUGGCUUGCUUUAGAAUUGUUACCAGUACCUGGUGUGUUUCAAUGCCUUAAACUCCCAAAAAUGAAAGUGAAUUAAGAUACCCUUGGCCCAGUCUCUUUAUGUUAGAUGAUGACCACAUUUCUUGUCUGUCAAUACAGUCACUUUGAUGCAGUAUCACUCUUGUAGAGUUCAAUGAAAUGCUCGUAUUUCUGAUGGAAAGAAAGCAAACAUAAUCAGAAUAUAUGGAGGAGGCCUGUGUAGCAGGGGCUGGGUUGGCAAAGAUGAAGUAAACGUGGCAUGUGUGUCUUUAGAAAAAAUUUGGUAAAUAUAAAUGAGGUUGGCAUAAACCAUUGCAUAUUUAUAUUUGUAGGGGAACUAUACAUAUAUUUAUGACCUGUUGAUUAUAUAAAAAAAUUAGUAGAAAAUUAAUAUAUCCAUUAAUUAUGUAAUAAAAUAUUUUUAAUU